UAUCAAAUGGCAAAGUUUAUUAACUAAAUGCAUUUAUGGCAAAUGGUAAUGAAACGCGUUGAGCAACAUCAAAGGCUUCAUUUCCAAUUGGACUGCCGUGUAGUGCGGAUCGCAAAACGGACAGUGUGCGUGUGAAAUAAAAAGAAGAAGCAAACAGAAAUUGAACAAAUUGUUUAAACUAAGUGUCUCUCAGCUGUGAUCUGCAUACAUACAAAUCUUAAUGUAUGCUAUUUAAAUUGUGUGUAAACAAAUGUAACUUGCUGUUUGUUAAGUCUCUGUGUCUGUUCGUUUUAACGUGUACGCAAACAUUUCUGUAUUUUAAUCAACUUUGAUCAAUUGCAACAAUUACCAAACAAGAAAGCAAAGAAGACAAAAGUAGACAGCGUGCGCGCAUUGCCAAACUAACGGUGCUUCAAGUUGAAUUCCCUUUUGCGCUGGCAUAUCAAAAGCUGAGCGAAUCUAAAGCAAAUGCGAAAAACAACAACAACAACAAUGUGCAAGCGGUUGACAGUUAACGGUUAAUCCAUAUUGAAACGCAAAGCAAAGAACAAGAAAUAGAAAAGGAAAACAACUAAUUGUGAGCUGUAUGUGAAGUUUUGAGUGCUUUUUAAAACGAAGAAAACAAUUUGUGUGUGUAAAAUAUUUAAUUAAAUAUUACAAAACGGAGAACAUUGAAUAAUGCAACUGAGAGUGCAUCCCACUAUGGAUUGUAGCGGCCGUUCAACCAACAACAUUGAACGUGAUUCCGAUUUGGGUGACGAUCUGUCCCAUGGCGAUCGCACCGACGAUGAGCUGCGCGACUGCGACUCCGUCGACGGCGAGAAUCAGCAUCAUCAUCAGCUUAGCGCCAAGGCGGCAAUUGCAGCGCGUCUCAGUCACACAGUAGCCGGCGGUGCGGCAAUUAAUUUCGCCAGCCCCGAACAGCAAACGGAUCUGCCACUCAGUCACCAUCAUCAUCAGUUGCCGCCAAAUCAUCCGCUGAAUGCUUUGGGCAGCUUCAUGGGCAUCAGCGGUCUACACAGCAUUCCAAAUCUUCAGCACAGCGAUGUGCUGGAGAAGCUCAAGAUGCAAGUGCGCGAUAUGAAAGUUGGUCUCAUGGAGCAGGAUUAUGCAGCAGCGGCGCAUGCGGCAGCCUUUGGAGCAAAUAUGUUGCCAACGACCAUAAAUUCGGCAUUUCCGCUGCCACACAAUACGGUGGCGGCGGCGGCGGCAGCUGCAAGCUUUGGGCAUGCCAACAAUGUGGCAACAGCGAGCAAUGGCAGCAGCUACAAUGGAGCAGCAACAACUGGAGCAGCAGCAGCAGCAGCAGCGCCAGCAACAGGUGCGGGCGUCGCCAGCAAUGCAGGCGCAGCUGGAGGAGGAGGCGCCACAGCUGCUGGCAAUGGACAUGCAUUCUCAUUUGCAUCACCCACAGCGCCCAGCGCCAAAGAAGCUAAUUCGGCAUCAAAUUCAUCGACAUCCAGCGAAGCGAGCAAUUCCAGCCAGCAAAAUAAUGGUUGGAGCUUUGAAGAGCAGUACAAACAAGUCAGACAGCUCUAUGAAAUUAAUGAUGAUCCCAAGCGCAAGGAGUUUCUGGACGAUUUGUUUUCGUUUAUGCAAAAGCGCGGCACGCCUAUCAAUCGCCUGCCCAUAAUGGCCAAAUCGGUGCUGGAUCUAUACGAGCUAUAUAAUCUGGUUAUAGCACGCGGCGGUCUAGUCGAUGUCAUCAACAAGAAACUCUGGCAGGAGAUCAUCAAGGGACUGCACUUGCCCUCGAGCAUAACCAGCGCUGCCUUCACACUGCGCACACAAUACAUGAAGUAUCUUUACCCAUACGAGUGCGAGAAGAAAAAUCUGAGCACACCAGCCGAACUGCAGGCGGCCAUUGAUGGCAAUCGACGCGAAGGCAGACGCUCCAGUUAUGGCCAAUACGAGGCCAUGCACAAUCAGCUGCCACUGACGCCCAUUUCGCGACCACCAGGCAUGCCCGCUGGGAUGCAACAGAUGUCACCGCUGGCGCUGGUCACACACGCCGCCGCCGCCAACAAUCAACAGGCGCAGGCAGCGGCUGCUGCUGCUGCAGCUCAUCGACGUCUGAUGGGCGGGCCAGCUUUUGGCCAAAUGCCAAAUUUGGUCACGCAGGAGAUUGAGAAUCGCAUGAUGGAGUAUCUGCAGCUGAUACAGGCCAAAAAGGAGCAACAGAAUGCGCCUGGUCUGGGCAAUGCGCAUACACAUCAGCAGCAGCAGCAGCAGCAACAGUCGCUGCAUCAUCAUCAGCAACAGCAGCAGCAGCAGCAACACCGUCAACGCUCACAAAGUCCAGAGCUGAGCACACGCGAUGCUUUCAGCGCUCAAGUGGCACUUUGGCAGAUGUAUCACAAUAGCAGUCCAACUGGCUCAGCGCACACCUCACCGCAGCAAAGGGAAGCUUUGAACCUCUCUGACUCACCGCCCACACUAAAUCUGAAUCACAUAAAGCGCGAGCGUGAGCGCGAGCCCACACCUGAGCCCGCAGACUCCGAGGAGAUGACGCAUCAGCCGCCGCCAGCGAAGCGUGUGGGCAGCGGUCUAAUGCCGCCCGGUUUUCCUGCCAAUUUCUAUUUGAAUCCGCACAACAUGGCCGCAGUGGCUGCCGCCGCGGGCUUCCAUCAUCAGGCCAGCAACAACAACAACAGCAGCCAUCAUCAUCAGCAGCAGCAGCAACAGCAGCAGGAUGCAGCCUCAGAAGGCGAGCCAGAGGAUGACUACGGCCAUGCUGAGCACAAUACCACGGGCAACUCGUCGUCCAUGCAUGACGACAGCGAGCCACAGCAGCUAAACGGCCACCACCACCACAAUCAUCAUCAUCAGAAUCAUCUGGACAAGUCAGAUGACUCGGCCAUCGAGAACUCGCCCAGCACUUCCACAACAGCCUCAGCUGGUGGCGGCGGUCAUCGUCACAGCUCGCCCGUGUCCACCAAGAAGAAGAGCUGCAGCUCCGGCGGCAAAGCGCAGUCCAGUGGCAAGGACGCGCAGUCGGAGGCAGGCGAUGGCCCCCUGGAGACGCUCAGCCUGCUGUCGGGCAUGCAGUUUCAUGUGGCACGCAAUGGCACGGGCGCUAAUGGGGAACAGCAGCUGAUUGUCAAUCUGGAAUUAAAUGGCAUUAAGUACUCGGGUGUGCUGGUUGCCAAUGCGGUCAGAGCAGCGUCCACUGAGAAAACAGAGCCCAAAGCGGAGGUUUCAAAUGAGCAGGAGCCCACGCAUGGGGUGGCCAACGAGUUGAAUCAUGAGGCCAGCGAGGAGCUGAGCCAAACUGCAGCAGCAGCAGCAGCAGCAGCAGCAGCCGUUGUGGAGGACGAGGAUGAGGAGCAGACAGAGCAGCAAAUGUCAACAGAUGCCAUUGUUAAUGGAGGCGUGGGCGUGGGCGUGGGUGUGGGCGUGGAUAUGGCCACAGCGCUGCUAAAGGAUGCCGUUGUCAGUUCAUAAAGUGUGGCUACAAUUUAGAAAAAUCGCAAACGAAAGGAAUACCAAAGUCAUAUUUUUCAGAAAAAUAAAAAAAAAAACACAAGGCAUAGAACAGCGAGUGACUUUACUCGCUAGUUGUGCAAGCAACUCGUUAGAGUGAGUUAAAAGCAGUGAGACUCGUUACCAACACAUUCAUCAACAACACACACACACACACACACAUAUAUAUUUAAAGCCUAUAUAGUUGAUAGCAUAUAUAGCAUGUCGCGUAGUAUGUUCAAUUUCCAAUUUUUACUUUUUUUUGCAUAAAAGACAAGCUUGCGGACAUUGUAUUUAUUUCUAGGCUGCUAGACUAAGAUGACUUUUUGAAAAGAAAAUCUUAUAUAUAUAUAAAAUACAAAUUAUAUAUAAAAUACACAUUUUUAUCAAUUACAUUUAGUUGUUAGGCUACCUAAGGUCAUGCCACCCACGCCCACACACACACACACACACACACGCAUCUAUUAUUUUAUAUUUUAAAAUUCACAAAAAAAAUCUUUAAAAAAAACAAAUCUAUUGUGUUAGGCUGCAAAGCUUGUGUACAUAUCAAUAACUGCUAUGUAGUAUACUAUAUAACUAAACUAUUAUGUAAUUCUAAGCACACACACACACACACACACACAUACAUACACAUAAAUAUUUGCGAUUAAAUGACAUCAAGCCAGACGCAUAAUCCAGAGUAAAGUAGACAUUAAAUUACAAUUAUGAGCCUAAAAGCAUAAAGCAUUCAUUAUACGACUAUAUAAACUAUAAAAAUACUAUAAUUAUAUGUACGAUAUAUAUGUUUGGUCAACGCAAAAUCUGUUUAAGCAAGGGCACUACUCUUCACUUCCUAUAUAUUAUAUAUACUACUAUAUAAAAUGUAUGUUUGUAAUAAUUUAAGACACUUCUGUUACCACAAAAACAAAAACUACUCCAAAGCCAAGUUAAUUCUACUUACAAAAUAUUGUAAGCCCAAUUGCGUUCAAUUUAUUGAAUAAUAAAUCUAUUUAAUUUUAGCACAUAAU